AUGCCCCCGAAUGGCGACCACCGCUACUUCACAUCAACAGCUGUAUUCCUCAACGAGCUCAUCAAGCUCUCCAUUUCUCUAACCCUCGCCAUGUACGAGACAUCCAAGACUCUGGCUCCCAGCACCCCGGCCACAGUCCUCUUCGAGCAGAUCUACAAUUCGGUGUUCAACGGUGACGGAUGGAAACUCGCUGUGCCUGCCGCGCUAUACACCUUCCAGAACCUCCUGCAAUACGUCGCAAUCGGAAAUUUGGACGCCGUUCAAUUCCAGGUUCUCUACCAGCUCAAGAUUCUCACCACCGCCCUUUUCAGUGGGGCUCUCAUCAUUCUUACGCUCGGAGUCUGCGUCGUGUCAUUGCCUCCGAACUCAUCCGUGCCCUCGCUCUUCCUCCACGACACAACUGACCAUUUCUUUCCCCGUUCUUUGCACGAGCUGGGUCAGGCAAGUCCCGAGUUGUAUCAGCCUCAGUCACCCCAGUACCUUUCAAAACGCGACACGAGUGCUUUCGAAGAAGAGGACCUGGAAGGGAAUUGGCUGGCCGAGAUCCUUGCUAAACGCGAGGAGGAGGAAUUGGCCGAGCAAAAGAAGCGGGCAACUGAGGUCACUCGCACCAAUGCCAGGCAAACCAGAGCCCCUGUGAUUGAGACCAAGGCUACGGAGACGGAGGAAGGCCAGGAACGUAAGGGUAGGUCUCUUCGCACGAAGCGGUCUGCAACGUACGAGGGUAUCACAGAGGACCUGGCACCCCCAGAGCCCCUCAUGAACUACUCACUUGGCGUAACCAGUGUGCUUAUCGCCGCGGCUGUCUCUGGGUUCACAGGUGUGUACUUUGAGAAGCUGCUCAAGGAGAGCCCUACGCAAGCCAGUGUGUGGGUGCGCAACAUCCAGCUCAGCCUCUACUCUCUCGUUGCAUCCCUGUUUGGCGGUGUAUUUUGGCAGGACGGUGAGGGGAUCCGCGAGCAUGGAUUUUUCGAAGGGUAUAACUGGGUCGUCUGGACGGCAAUUGGACUGCAAGCGGUCGGAGGCUUGGUUGCCAGCAUGGUCAUCAGGGAUGCGGACAACAUUGUCAAGAACUUCGCCACAAGCAUCAGCAUUGUCAUCAGCUUCUUGGCGAGCGUGAUGAUUUUUGAUUUUGCUGUCACCUGGACUUUUCUCAUUGGCACGGGCCUUGUCCUCCUUUCCACGUACAUUUACAGCCUGCCUAAUGAUCGCAAGAUGCCCGGCCAGCGCCGCCCACCACCCAUCCGAAUCGCCAGCCUUGAGAAGACAGCCAUUACUCCCGUUAUGACUCCUCGGCUAUCUGCUACGCCUCGCCAAGAUCACAACAGGCUCAGCCUGCUUGACCCCUUAGAGACCAAGGGUCUGGGACUCACGUCCAGCCGACCUGCUAGCCCCAUGCUGCCCCGGACGGCAAGCAGAUCAAAUUUCAAGCGGGAUGAAUAA